AUGCCUUUGGAGUGCAUCACGGUUCCUCCAAGUUUGGUGCCAAUAACACCUCAUUUGGAUGCAAAUUGUUUGGAAUUUGGCCACACACUGGCCCAAUCCCUCGAAUCGGAAGUUGAGCCGGGAGAGGAAGCCUGUGGAAGCUUGACAGAUGCGAGCAGCAAGUCGCCUGACCAGGUGCUUGUGCCAGAUGAUCCUGUAAAUGGCACCAGUGGGGAAUUGCCCACUGUCGCAGCCAAUGCAGAAGCGAAGUCAUCAUCCGAGCAGGAGCCCACUUUGAGGGAAGAUGAGAAGGCUGGGAAGUUCAAUCAGAGUGCUGUCCUGGUUUCAGUUUCUCGUCUUGUCUCCAAGAAACGUUGGAAGGCAUCUCCCGCACCAACAGAGCCAGCCUCGGAUGCGCCAGCUUUAGAUGCUGAGAAAGCGCAAGAGGCGUACUGGAAGGAGCUUCAGUUGCCUGCCGAGCAGAUCAUACUCAACGAAGUACAGAAGAUGCGACCCCGCACACUUGACCCAAAGAUCAUGACAGAAGUCAAGCGUGCUUUGCGCAACCUGGAGGGAGCUCUCGAAGAUUGUGCCACGUCUGAGGACAUGGCUGUGAUAAUGGACUAUGUGGGUACUUUGAACACGAAGACAGACCUGGCGGUUCUGUUGCAAGAGUUGGACAAGAAAGAGGAAGCUGAGCAAAAGCUGCGAGAAGUUCUCACAACGAUGCAAGCAAAGAACGACAAGCUUGUUGGUAGCACAGGCAUGCCAGUCAAGUCUAGCUAUCUCAUGGCAAAGAAGAAAACAGAAACGAUUGGGAUUGAUCAUGAGGACUCACAAACUAUCGGUGGCUCUUCCACUAGUGAGCGAGUGAAGGAAAACUUUGCGCUGCACUUCGUCAUGGAUGGGCAGGCAUCUGUCAUUGACAAGACCGGUGACAUUGCCUUCGAGGGGAACAUUCGAAGAGGAGCCAAGUUCUGCAUCAUUUCUUUUCCAGGGAAGUUUGCUUCAGGGUGGGAUGCUUUGGUGGCUGCAUUGCAUGGUGAAUCCGUCGCUUGUGUUUUCUUGACCACCCCCGAGACUGGCCUUGGCAAGCAUAAAGAUGAUGGAAGUGGGAAGUGCUGGUGUAGCCAGAUCUAUGGCGAGAGAAACUUCAAGCAGUUCGGCUAUCUGGUCGUGAUGAAGGACCCUGAUCCGGAAAAACUCAAGCAAGCACUGGAGAACGCGAAAUGUACCCAUGCCAUUGUGGUCCCCUUUGAUGCCACCCCAGAAGAAAGGAAGGCGUAUGAGGAAGAAGCCAAGAAAGCCUGGGAGAAGUAUGGGAAGGUCGCUUCCUGGGGUUGCGAGUGGUUCGUCGUUUGGAUGGAGCAGGUGGGCAACGGAUCGUAG